AUGAAUUUUGUAACACAAGAGUUUGUUAAUCGAUUGCAGUUAACCGAAAAGAACCUUGAGAUUUCCAUAGCUGGUGUAAUGCAAGGAAUUGUGCAUGCAACCAAAGUUGUCAAUUUAUGUAUUAAGUCACGUUUCAAUAACUUCCAAGAAAAUAUAGAGUGUGUAGUGUUACCAAAGAUUACUCAACACUUACCGCAACAAUCGGUUUCAAUUCAAGAUUUGACUAUACCAAAGAAUAUAAAAUUAGCAGAUCCUAAUUUCCACAUAUCAGCAGGCAUCGAUAUGCUGAUUGGUGCUGAAGUAUUUUGGAGAGUUAUUUGCGCUGGUCAGAUUAAAAAUUCAAGAUCUCAUCCAAUCAUUCAAAAAACGCAUUUUGGUUGGGUAAUCUCAGGUAGCAUGUCAAACGUUAUUGCUAGGCCAAGAUCAAUAGUAAAUUUUCAUGCAAGCGAAUUCGAUGAGUUAAACCAGAGUCUGAAAAGAUUUUGGGAGGUGGAGCAUAUCUCCAACCCUCAAUACAGUAAGGAAGAGCAAGCCUGCAACGAGUUAUUUCUUGAAGGAGUAAAUCGCAGCGUUGAGGGACGUUAUAUCGUAAGGUUACCGGUCAAACCGAACAUUCUAAACAAGUUGGGUGAAUCUCGCGAAACUGCAAUGCGACGUUUCAAGAAGUUAGAAGCGCGCUUGAUAACGCAACCAUCAGAUUUAUACGAAGAGUAUAAGAGAUUUAUGGCAGAGUACCAGGCAUUAGGGCAUAUGCGAGAAAUAAGCGAUGAGCAAGUAGCCCGCACAAGCGGUCCCUCAUUUUACUUGCCACAUCAUGCAGUAAGGAAUGAAACAAGUUUAACAACGCGGGUCAGAGUUGUUUUCGAUGGCUCCUGCAAGAGCAGCACAGGUAUUUCACUAAAUGACGCAUUAAUGAUUGGUCCAACGCAACAAGAAGAUUUAUUUUCCAUUAUGACUAGAUUUCGAACUUUCAAGAUUGCAAUCACUGCGGAUAUAACCAAGAUGUACCGCCAGGUAUUAAUUGAUCCAAAUCAGACGGCUUUACAACGCAUCAUAUGGAGAAGUAGCAAUUCUCUACCAUUAACGACAUUCGAAUUAAUGACAGUAACUUAUGGUACAUCUUCUGCAUCUUUCCUAGCCAUUCGAACCAUAAGAAGGCUCGCGGAAGAUUAUUCGACACAAUAUCCAUUAGCUUCAAAAGUUCUUUUACGUGAUUUUUAUGUCGAUGACCUCAUAUCAGGAGCUGACACAGUGGAAGAGGCAUCACAGCUUAAGAACGAAUUAACUCAACUCUUAUACGAAGGAAAGUUUGAAUUAAGGAAAUGGUCAUCCAAUGAGCCAUCUCUCAGAGAUGAAUAUUCCGGUAAUAGCAUUCGGGAAUUCAAUUUAGCGACAGACAAAAAUACAGAAACGAGGGCGCUGGGUCUGAUAUGGAAUUGUUCCUCAGAUUCUUUUAAGGUCGCUAGCGUUGGUCAUCUUCCCCCUUUGCAAAAACUUACAAAAAGAAGAAUUCUGUCACGCGCAGCAUUAACUUUUGACCCUCUGGGACUUAUAGGACCAGUAACAGUGGUAGCAAAAAUUAUGAUCCAAGAUCUGUGGAGACUCAACACUGGUUGGGACGAAUCAGUACCAUUAGCGUGUUAUACAAAAUGGAAACAGUAUGAACGCGAAUUAUCCAUUUUAAGAGACAUUAAUAUCUCGAGAUUAGUCGUAUCGAGUGAACAACAUACUUCAUUGGAAAUCCAUGGAUUCUCAGACGCAAGCGAAAACGCCUAUGGAGCGUGCAUUUAUUUACGAUCUACAUUAGCUGACGGAAGGCACAUUACAAAAUUACUUUGUUCUAAAUCUAGAGUGGCACCGUUGAAGAGCAUAUCACUACCACGUUUGGAGUUAUGCGCAGCAUUGCUAUUAGCACAGUUGUUAAAAAAGGUAACAGACAGUCUGCCGUGUCAAAUAGACGAAUUCGGUUGUGGACAGACUCCACCAUUGUUCUAUCUUGGAUUCAAUCCUGCAGCAGAUCAUGGACGCCGUUUGUUUCAAAUCGUGUAG